GAAUGCUCUUUGCCAUUUUGGCCUCAAAGAUCAAAGCAGUGAUCACUUCCAGGAGAGCUCAAGGGUCGAUCAGGCCUGAGGAUUCGGUCUCAUCAGCCUCCUGGAGCGUUGUUCAUGAUGGGCAGCACGGUGGUUCAAUUAGCGGCAAUGUUCAGAGUUUUGGCCAUGCUCAAGGUGGAGGUCAGGCUUCAGCACCUAAAGCUCCACCACCAGGUUUUGCUCCAGCUGGGCCUGCCUAUGGGAUGGCACCGGAUCAGCCAGCUCAGGCUGACACAGACUCUGAUGAUGCUCCCCCUCCUGACAUGAGUGGGGCUUUUGUUCAGCCAGCCACGAGUGGCCCUGCUCAACAGUUUCCAGUUGCAGCUCCAGCAACCCAAGCUGCUCGUCAAGUCCUUGGGUCUGCACAGAAGCAAGCGGAGAAGCUGGCAGCUCAGAAAGCCAGGGCCAAGAAACGCGGCGGUCGGGGUGUGAAAUGGGGCCAGAUGCCAGGCGCAAAUGCUCAGAAUUGGCAAUUGCCCCCAUUUGUUCAACAGUUGGGAGCCAAAGAGGAUGAGCGCUCGGUCCUCAUCAUUGACUCGAGGGACAAGAGGAUCCAGUCACCAUACCAAGGUUGGCCCUUGGACGAGAUCCUCCUGAACGCUCAAAGUGGGGUGAACAUUCUGUCGGAUCGACAGUUGAUCAGAUCCCCCAACUCAGGCUACCACAUGAACCUGUUCUAUGUCCGCACCAUCGAUGGUUACAAGUUCAUUUUGGUUGGAUCAAUGACUUCAUAUGGCACAGUUCCUUGUGCCCAGUGGGACAGCGCCACUGGCGAGGUCAUGAAGCACCAGGCGUUCCAGCCGUUCAGAUGGCCCCUGAUGACCAAUGAGAGUUCGACAUGGGUGGAUGUCAAGGUGAAGAUUGAGGGUGAUCUGCUCCUUCACCUUGAGCUCAGGGGGUACCGCUCGGAUGCAGACAUGACUGUUCAGAUGAACUAUCUGAAUGAUGUGGGAGGCAGGCUUUAUGCUUGCAGCGAUGGUGGAGUGGUCGUUGCCAUGGACUUCCCGCUCUGCCACUUCGAGAUCAGGCUCACGGCCACGUCCUCGGCAGAUUCGAUCGGCAUGGAUGCUGAUCGGCUGGAGUUCAGGUUCCGCUCGUCUGGGGACACUAUUGAUGUGGCCUGUUCACAAGUGGUCGUGCCUUCCACAUGGCUCGUGGUGUCGAGAGUUUCUGGGCCUACGCUCAUCAAAAACGCUCGGUGGUGCCGCGAGAACCAUGCUCGAAUUGAAGGGCCAGAUCAGACGAUGCAGCUCUCGCAGCUGGCGGGGGUUCAUGCGCACUGGACGGCUUCGAUCGAGGCUGCCACGGUUCAAGAGGUUGGCCCGCGCAUUGGUGCUGUGGAUGUUGGCACACACCCUGCCAACCUCCACCUGACAUGCGAGUCGCCCUUGUUCAAGGCGGAGCACAAGAUCGUGCCGAAGGAGGCGCUGGCGCUUCAAGACCACGAUGUGGACUUUGAGCUCUCCAUGGCAGUGCUGCCUCCGGUCACGGGUGGCCCGUCCGUGGUGCCCUUGGCUUCAACGUCUGGCCUGCUCAGGGACUUGGCUGGGUCGUCACGCCAGUCGAUCCCCGUGGCUCCAAAGACCAAUGCUGAGGUCUCAGUGAAUGAGCCUGGUCAGGCGAGUGAGGCGACAAGCCGAGCUGGAGGUACCGUUCAAGUCCAGAGGCGUUCGCUUGAGGUGAGAAUGGCAGAGAGCAUGGCGACAGCUGCUGUCACGCCUCAGGCGUUUUUGGAUCACGUUGACCAAGCCGUCUCCGGCUACCAGCCUGCUCCGCGUGGACAGCCCAGAUCGUUUGGUCCACCGCCAGUGGUUGAAGAGGUCGUUGAGGCUGUGCUGAAGUCUCCCUAUGCAGACUUGGCAUUCGUUUCAGCCAUGGAGGUGCGUACAGCUCCAGAGUUCGUGGUGAAAGUGUUCGAAUGGUCCUCAUCGCUCGAGCCUGACUGUAAGGAAGUACUGUUAGAAAACAAGCUCAUGCUGGAACAGUACUGGUCGUUGGCAGGGUCGAUUGAGAAGGCUUUCUUUGCAUCAACUGCUCAACAGUUGGGGUUUGGUUUAUGUGACCCAGUAGCUGUUACUUUGAGUGCAGAGGCUGCCCGGGCCAGAUGGGCUAUAGCAAUGCGGUCGCUAGUUGAAAAACCGGCUCAACCGCCCAGGAAGCUGCUCAAGAAAGACUCCAACGAGCUCUCUCCUACGCCAUUGCUGGAUCAGGAGAAUGCAGCGAGGCUCAAGUGGGCAGGGAAGUUGGAGGCGAUCGGACAGCGUGCUGGUGAAUGUUCCAAACUGUUGCAAGACACGGCAAACAGCCAGGGCCUGUCACCGGCGGAGACAGUCAAGCUCAGGCAGAUGGUGCUCUCUUCCGGUGCUCCCCGAACCAUGUCAGCUCAUAUCACAGCUUGGGAAAGGUUCGAAGAGUGGGCCACCAGCAUAGGUCAGGACGUUUUUCCACUCACCCAUGACUUGUUGCUGAAGUAUGCGCUCGCUUUGGAUGAGAGAGAGUGUGGUCCCACGGUGCUGCCAUCGUUCAGGACAUCCGUGAAGUGGGUCACUUCCAAGCUGGCCAUUGAAUGCCCCGAUCUGGCACACCCCGCCAUACUGGCAGUUCAGUCCGAGAUCAUCAACAAGAGGGCUGCCACUUUGAAGGAGGCAGCCCCCUUUCCGAUCGAGGUGGUUGGCUGCAUGGAGCUGUUGGUGGUUGAUGAUAAAGAGCCGGAUCCGGCGAGGCUCUUUGUUUGGUGGUGGCUUUGCAUGAUCUUCGCUUCCUUGCGUUUUGACGACGCCACCCAUGUCAAGCCCAAGGAGUUGAUCAUGGAGGAGCAAGGUCUCUUUGGCGUGGCUUGGCAGACCAAAGUGGAGCGGAAGCGCAGAGGCACCAAGUUCAUAGUGCCAAAGGUGGGCUUCAAGACCGGGGAGUGGCUCGAAGCUGGUUGGCAGAUCUUUCAGAAGGAAGACAUGGAGCGAGAUUUUUGGCUCCGUGAUUUGAACACCCGCUCAGAGUUUCGUGAUGCUCCGGCGGCCUACCAGCGCUCGCUCCAGUGGGUCAGAUUCUUUGCCAAGUACGCCAUCAACCAGCAUUUUCAAGGCACAGAGCUCAGGAUGAAAGAGCUGAUCAGUGCCCUGCCCCAGAUCACUGCACACUCUGCCCGAGUCACAUUGCUCGAUGCGGCGGUGCAUGCUGGCAGAUCGACUGAGGAGAUUGGUCUGCAAGCGAACUGGAAGAAUCCAGGGCCGCUCGUGCUCAAAUACAGCCAGGAGCACCCGCUCGAGGAGGUGGAAGACGCGGUCUUGGAUGAGCAGGACGAGGCCUCUUUGACUGAGGUUCAGUUCUAUGUCAAGACCAAUGGUCGCUCGAGCCAUGAUUACCGCUACCAUUGCCCUCAGCUUGGUAAUGAUGAAGUUCUAGCAUGCGGGCGAGUGGAGCUCGCAGAGUGCACGGAGGUGGGCUCAACACUCCCAGAUGUCUCCGUCUUCUGCAAGCAUUGUGCGCGUGCAAGACCAGACCUGGCCUCAAGAUGCUUCUCUGCCUUCGGCCGUGCUCCUGGAACAGCCUUUUACAAGAUCCCGGAUUUGCCGCUGCGUCAGAUCUUUGGCAGGCAGCGAGUGUCCGAAGAUCUUUGUAAGUUGGCAGCAGACAGCGGCCUGCUCAAUGUGGAGACUCUUGCCACGCUCGGCGACACGAUUGCCGCAGUGAAGACCUCCAUCAGGACAAUUGUUGCUGAUCCUGCCAAGCUCGGCACAGACGCACCUGCUCAGGAGCUCGCUCUGACCAACCUGGCUGCUGUUUGGAAGACAUGCUCUACGAUGCAAGAUCAUUUCGCGGCACGACGUGCCAAGAUGGAAGAGGAUCCUUCCAAGGUCCCCGAAAUUCCUGGUGAAGAUCAUGCCGAGUUCAGGGACACGUUUGUGGCUCGCCACCCUGAUGUUCUUCUUCCUCUUCACCGAGAGCCCCACCGAAAGUUCGUAGAGCGUGUUCAACGUGACUAUCUCGUCCAUGGUUUCGUUCACUUCUACGAGGUGGGGGAGAUCAGGACCAGAAACGAACAGAUAGCUCAGAAGUCUGGGAUCAGCAAGAACGCAGAAGACCUCCUGCGGGUUGUGAUGGUUGAUCAGCCAGUGUCAGCAAGCUCAGAGACGCAAGUGAUGGACAAGCUGCACGCUUUCUUCAUCACACUCGAAUACCUCAACAUCUGCGAGUUCACUGUUCAGGCAGGCCCGCUGAAGUACCUGGCUGAGCUCGAGGAGUGGCGUCAUGAGAACCGUGGGCUAGCCCUACUGCUCACUGUGGACACGCUCAUUCGCAAGAAGGUGCACAGAGUCAGCUCUGACCAGCGUAAAAAGUUCACGUCCUUCUCAGCGGCGCUCCUUGAGGUGCUCACCAACCACAAGCAGCUCUGGAAUGAUGCGCGAUCAAGUGCGGAGCUCGACAAGUUCCGUCAGGCCUUGACUGGUUCGGCGGCUCCUGCUACUCCAGCAAAGAAGCGGUCCAGAUCGCGAUCGCAGUCAACCAUGAAGGUCUCCCCGAAGGCCAAGAAGAACAAACAGCGGCGGGCGCGCCAGAAGCAAGUGCUCCAGAAAGCCAAAGCCCUGGUUGCCUCUCAUGGACCGCCCGAUCGUGCGGAAGGCAAGAAAGCCGCUGCUCGUGACGAACGGGUGCCCGCCAAAGAAUGGCAAAAGAUCACGUCAUUCAAGUACGGUGGGCCCAAGCGUUGCCCGUUCUACAACUGUUCUUUGGGCUGCCGCUUUGGUGAUCAAUGUCGACAGAAGCAUGCGUGCGUGGACUUGGAUCGACCACCUGGCUCAUGGUCUUCAGAUCCUGCAGAGCACAGUGACGUGGGCUGCCGCUCUGGCAGCACACUGAGACCGGCGACCUCCUCGCCUUGCUCUCCAAAGAACUGGUCUGAUCCUGUUGACUUGGCAGCUCUGCAAGUAGAGGGCCCCUUCUUCCUGGAGCUCUUUGCGGGCAAGGCUGGAAUUUCAGAAGCAGUUCUUUUGCAAGGUGUGCCCAUUCUGCCCCCGGUCGAUAUCGUGAUCUCAGAUAUGGUUGCGGCACCGGUGGACAUUGUGGACUGGAAAUUUUGGAACAAGAUCCUGUCGGUGGUCAUGGCAGGGCUCGUUUUCUUCCUCCACUGCGGCACUCCUUGCAACACUUUCACCUCUGCUCGGAAGAACGAUGGAGGGCCUCCUCCGCUGCGCUCAGCGCUGGAGCCCAUGGGUCUGCAGGAUCUCUCAGUGGACAAUUGGGCUCUUGUUUUUCUUGGCAACAUUUUUCUUUUGCGCACAGCCGAAGCGUGUCGCUUAGUUUUUGAUUUAGGUGGCAAUUUUUCUAUCGCGAACCCUCUGUUAAGUUUAAUGUGGCAAACUACAGUAAUGCAGCAGCUGAUCAGUGAGACGCGAGCCUUGGCGCUGGACUUUGAUCAGUGCGCCUUUGGAGCUCCGUCGGUGAAACCAACUAGGCGGCUCAGAUCUACCCUUGGGCGCUAUGUGCAACCCUUGCCAUGGACAUCAGCAUGCUCUACAGGGACGCCUUGGCGCAUCUCCGCCCAUCAUUUGGCCUCACCACCCCGGCGGCCGAUCGUAAGCGUGAGCUUGGCUCAUCGCCAAGCAGACACUGCCUUGAAAGCUCAGUGGGCUGGUUAUCAGCUAAAGCGGGGGGCCGCUAAACCACUGCUUGAAGUGGAGUUGGAGCCGGGUCAAGCCGUUCGCGCUGCCAUGCUGGCCAUCCACCCUUUUACAGUGGAGGCUCCUUUGCCCGAUCCAGCCCGUCAAGCUCUGAACAAUCUAGCGCGCCCUGCCUCUGUGGUUGUGCAGGAGCGCCAUCAGCUGCUGGCCUACUGGGAACAUCGUGCGCGUGCUCUGCUCCCUCGGUCUGUGGCUUUGAUCCGCCAACAGCCUGAUCCAGCUCUGCGUAAGUUGCUCCUUGGCGUGGACGAUGGUAGCGAGCCUGUUCUAGGCCAAGUUUGCCAUGUCGAGCUCUAUGCCGAGAUGCUCCAAGCAUGCAAUUGUGUUGAUCAAGAUCUUCCCGCUUUUCUGCUGCACGGUUUCCCCAUUGUCGGGCCGAUCGCUCCGACUGGUCGCUGGCCUCCCUACACGAAGACGCAGAAAGCUCUCCCGGUACAAGAUGCAUUGAAGCGGGCCUGGGCUCUGCGAAGAAAGAUUAUUUCUCGUGUUGACGGAGUGCCAGUGUCAGAAAAUUUGAGAAAAAUUUGGGAAGCUUCGAUCGAAGAUGCGGCAGAGGGUUCUUGCUUAGGUCCUUUUUCUGAAGAAGCUCAAGUGUCAGAAGUGCUGGACUGUGAGGAUUGGAUCCCAACGCAGCGCUUUGAGGUGGUGCAGAAGAACAAAGUUCGUGGUUGCGACAGCGCUACGACAAACAUGAUCAACCAAAUCACAGUGAUCACUGAGAAGCUCCAACUGCCAUCAACGGAUUCAAAUGUGGCGGCGCUCAGACAAUUGCGCUCCUUGAAACCAGAUGAUGAUCUGGUUGGGUGGGUGCUUGAUGAGCGCAAGGCCUACAGACAAUCAGUUCGGCCUGAUCAAAGAAAGUUCUCGGUGAUCUGCCUGAAGAACCCUGAAUCCGGUGUCCCAAACUUUUUCAUUAUGGUCGGACACUCUUUUGGUUUGGUCUCAGCGGUUUACAACUACAACCGCCGUUCGGCAGCCAUCAAUGAGUUUCUGGUCUCGAUCUUUGGAUUGGUAGCGUUCAGCUUCUAUGACGAUAAGUACGGCUUUGAGCCAGCUGGAACUGCACCCUCCGCUCGUGAAGUAGCAGAGUGCGUUCACUUCUGGCUCGGCGCAAAGUUUGAUCAGAAAAAGCUCCAGUUGUCGUCCACUCCCACUAUACUGGGUGUGACCUACAACCUUGAGAAGCUCCAGCUCGAGAUCAAGUCCGAUCGCAAAGAUGAAAUUGCCAGUGAGAUCGACUCCAUUCUGAAGUCGGGUCUGCUCGACCCGGGCCCAGCGGGUAAGCUGAAAGGAAAGCUUAUGUUUGGGGCUUCUCAGCUCUGGGGCAAAGUUGGAAGGGCUUUUCUGCGAGUGAUCUCUGAAAGACAGUAUCUCAGGUUCCCCAUCAAGAACGAGUUUGCUCUGGAUGCCCCGCUGCAAGAAGCGCUCUUGCAGUGGAAAAAGUUGGUCAUUGCAGGUCCUCCUCGCCCGAUCGAUCUGAUUUGCUCAAAGCCGGCUGAUGCGGUCAUUUUCACUGAUGGUUUUACGCCGGACCCUAGAUCAAGUGAGAAGCUGCCCGAUCGCGUAGGUGCAGAUGUGAUCUUAUUAAUCGACUCAGAGGCCGUCGAAGGAAUGCUCUUUGCCAUUUUGGCCUCAAAGAUCAAAGCAGUGAUCACUUCCAG